CUUUACCACUUUUAACAUGAAAAAACCCACUUACAACCAAUGUUGAUAAAGAGUGAGAGGCACCAAUUCCCAAGGUGUGUUUGGAAAGGUUGGGGUGGGGCCAAGGGAGGGCUGGGAGAACUAGAUGAGGUGGACGGGCUGGGUGAGUCAGAAUGGGCUGAGGAAGAAGAAGGAGAUAAGGAAGGUGAGCCUAGGAAUGUGUGUGAAGAAAGGAAAAUUCAGUUGGGUGAUGGUGGUGGUGAUGAUAAGUUAGAAGUAAGUACUAGGGAUUCGCGAGCAGCUUGUAGCUGUGGGUGGAGUGGUCCGAUAGCAGAGACAAUUCAGCAGCUUAACAAUAGUCGCAAAGGCAGUUCAGCAGUUCAUAGAUCGACUUCGACUUCAACUUUGAGCAGCAGUGGCGCAGCAACAAUCCAGACUCCAGAUGGAUUUGGUUCAGCAACAGCAGUCCAAACUCUAGAUGGAUCUGGUUCGGCAGCAGCAGUGUGUUCGAGGCAAAAGGGUGAGACGUGAAAUAGAGAAAGGUAGAAGGGUGGCAAUGAAGGGAAUCGAGGGAUUUAAGGUUUGAGAUUUGUAGGGGAGGGCCAAAGGGGAAGGUUGAACAUGACCUAAGUGAGAGACAGAGAGAGUUCCAGAGUGAGGUAGAGGUAGUGUGAGAAUUGGAGAAAUGAAUAAGGUUACUUAGG